UGAUAUCCCCAUGAUUUUUUUAAAAAAGCAUUUUGAAUUUACAAUUUUCUAUUUUUCUUUUUUUAAGCGGCCGAAAUUGCUAGAAACUUAUAUAAUAUAAUAUCUACUCAUUUUCUGUGAAAUUGCAUGAUUAAUGCAGCCUACGUCGACAAUUUUACAGAUUAAAGAUUAAGAAUGCGAUAAAGAGGUUACCCUUAAAAAACCUUUUUUCGGAAAAAUGGUCUUACCAUUAAGUUUUCAUCUUCGAGAUUAAAAAUAGAACACAAAAGGAAUGUUUACGUGGAAACGUGCGUCAAGGGAAAAUAUAGCGACACCGAUUGGAAAUAAGGCCUUAUUCGAAUUCUCAACUUAACAAUUGUACUGGUUUGCACAGUUUUUUGUGAAGUCAUUGUUAAAAUCCAGAGGUUCAGCAAACUUGCAUUUUUGCCACGCUCAACUGUGGACCAACGUUUUCGCUUUGAAAUAUGAAACGCUCGAGCUCACUCGGUCCAAUUCCCUUUUGAUUCCCAUCUCCCAUUCUAGUACAGUUGCAGCCGUCGAAGGUGUAAGUUGAAAACUUGAAAAGAGACUUCCCAUCAAGUUUAGCGUUUGAAAAUAAUCAACAAUUUUAUACAAAGCGUUAAAUUCAGUUCAUAAGGCAAGUUAUUUCUUAUAAAGUGUAUUUUCAUGAUUCUGUUCAGCAUGGGGGCAAUAAAAAACUUUCCAAAUCCUCGAGUACCCGCUGAGCUCAGUAAUGGUUCAAUAGUUCUUGGCAGCCAGAUGGAGAGCAAUAAUGACCAGGAAUCAGCACUUGGCAAAAUUGAUACAAUUGGACGUUUGGCGGUCUCUGAAGCCGGAAAGCAACCGCCUGUUGUUAUCGUUUGGAGAAACGUCUUGGUCUUCAUUUAUCUCCAUCUCGCUGCUCUCUACGGACUCUAUCUCUGUUUCACGGAUGUCACGUGGGCCACUCUCGUUUGGUCGUAUGCAUUGUUUAUUUUCGGCGGAUUUGGGAUAACGGGAGGAGCGCACCGACUGUGGGCUCAUCGUUGUUAUAAAGCGAAAUGGCCUCUGCGUGUCAUUGCCGCUGUUGGACAAACAAUUGCACUUCAGAACGACAUUUACGUUUGGAGCAGAGAUCAUCGAGUUCAUCACAAGUUUAGCGAAACGGAUGCUGACCCUCACAACGCCCGCCGAGGUUUUUUCUUUGCUCACGUUGGCUGGUUGCUAUGCAGAAAACAUCCAGAAGUGAUGCGACGCGGAAAGACGGUGGAUGUUAGCGAUCUUUUACAAGAUCCCAUCGUAGUCUAUCAGCGAAAGUUCUACAUUCCGUUGGUGAUCAUCUUUUGUUUCGCUAUGCCAACACUUGUGCCUUGGUAUUUUUGGGGCGAAUCGUUGAGAACAUCUUUCUUCGUCGCUUCCAUUCUUCGUUACGUAAUAACGCUCAACGCUACCUGGCUAGUCAACAGUGCUGCUCAUAUUUGGGGAACUCAUCCAUACGACAAAGGGAUCAAUCCUUCCGAAAACCGAUUCGUGGCCUUUAUAACUUCUGGUGAAGGAUGGCACAACUACCAUCAUGUCUUCCCGUGGGAUUAUAAAGCAUCGGAAUUAGGAAACUACGGCACGAACACGACAAGAGCCAUAAUCGAUUUCUGUGCUUGGCUGGGUCUGGCUUACGACCUGAAAAGCGUGCCAGAAAAAGUCGUUUACAACCGUGUUCGUCGAACAGGAGAUGGUUCUCAUCCGUUUGCCUUGCAAGACAAUCAGUUUCGAGUAGAUGAUGACAUGCAUCAAAUAGAAGAGGAACAGUUUACCGAAAUCACACCAGCAGCAGAAAAACAAAGAUCUGCGUAAGGAAACAUGAAAAUGUGAAAUUGCACGGGAAGAUUAAUUUUGUUAGUUUUUAAUCCGCUGUAGAUUUUUUAUACCGAUUAAUAUUUAUGACUUCAUUUUGGAAAUCAGCUAUAAGUAUAACUGCUCUAGUGUCGCGCCUUUACCAAAAGAUGAAAAUAUAGUAGUUGAUGAA